UUUCGAUUGUGUGUUGUGGUGGUGCGCUUUGUCUAGCAGUUGCUUUUGCUUGUGUUGGGUGGUGUCCUAGCUCCUGGUCAGCUACCGAUAUGCCACGGCAAAGAAUGCCGAGAAUGCCUUCGAAGGGCUUCUUUAACCUCUAACCUAGUUGCCGACGUGUCACAGUGAGCCAGAACGGUCAUUUUGGGGGGUUGGCGAAUGUGUGUCCACACGUCUGUGUCUGUGUGUUUAAAGCCACGUCUUGGGCCAAGUACUGCAAAGGAAACGUUAGCGGGUGGGUGUGUGUCCUUUGUGUGUUUCGGUCGCCUUCCGUCGCACUUGCAGUGGCAGGAAAUAAGGAGGCGAAAGAAAAAAACUUUCGCUACGCGGUUUUUGCCAGACACACAGACACAAUAUCGGUUCGAUCCUGACAGGCGGCGGUCAAGUUCCCUGGACGGGAAUUUACAACCGCGAAGGCCGUGUAUCAACGUGUGUGUGAGUGUGUAUGUUUGUGUAUUUGUCGCAAGUAAGUUCUGAAGGCAGGCAGAACGGCAAUGACACCGUACCAUACUAACCGCCCCAGAACCGGGUGAAACCCACCACCCUCCACUCCGGAACGAGUGUAACGAUGAUAAAUGAAAGCAACAAUGUGUGUGCGUGUACUAAGUGGCUAUCGGGUGCGACUAAGCAGUGCGGUAGUGUUAGUGAGACCAAGCGCGUAUACUAGCAAGUUACGCCACCGAAGUCAUAGUGUACCGUACCGUGUGUCAGAGGCAAAUCGUACCACCGGCGGAUCUUUGGUUACAUUCCAGUUACGUGUGGUAUGCUGGCGGCUCAAGAUGAUGAGUGUCAAGUUCCCGUCUUUAGACGUUUUGCUGGAAAAAUAGCUUUCAAUGUAUGAAAUGAGAUACAAAAACGAAUUAACUACCAAGUGGUACGAUUGGAGCUAAGAUAGUGAUGUAGUGCUUAUGGUGCAAGUGUGUCCCUAUCGCAUUCCCCACAGUGAACGUGUUGCAGUGUUCAUCGCGUGCAUCCUGAUUCCGAUCGCAUCGCCUCCCCUACCUUCAGCUCCAUUACCCAGGCAGUGGAUAUCGAUCAGUGAAUGUAAAUUCGAUGCAAAAGUGCACCAUACAUCGUGCAGAUAUAAAUUCAAGUGUGUAAGAAAAACCAGAGUGCCAUGUGAGUGUGAUUCUGUCUGUGUGACGGUGUUUGCGGAAGGUAUGAUUGCGGAAUAAUUGCACUACCGAAGGUGGGGCAGUCCGAACAUGUACGCGUGGGUGAACGUCCUGUUCAGCAGCACCGCAAGUCUACCCGACAUCGGUGGUGCCACCGAACCGACCAGAUCGCGGAGUGUUCUCGGUGGAUACGCGUGAGGCAUAUAUGUGCUGUAUAUAUGGGUGUAUGUGCGUGUAUGUGCUUUGAAGGAAAAUUAAAAUAUAAGCAGAAUUAACGGGCAGUGAAAAACGAAAGGAAACAAAAAAAAACGAACAACAAAAUCCUUCAGGCUAUUGCAAUCGGCGAGUCAGUAAGGGUGAAGCAGUUCCUUUCAACAACGAAGUGUUUGAUUGUGCUCAGCAGUGGUGGUGGUGGUGGAGACGACGGCAAGCUUCCUAAGUGGCGGGUGGCUGGUUGGGGGCUAGCUGUUUGGGGCAGUAUGCUCAUCCGCGGUUGGCCGUGGUGUGGGCACUGUUGAUAAGAAUCGAUCGAAGUGAAUCGAGUGCUCAUCGUGUGCGAUACGGUGUAACGGCAACAUAGACACGCUGGCAACACUGCACCCCCGCUGACCGACGUCCCCCUGCCACGAUGCCCGGUGGACGGCGGGGGCUCGUUGCUCCCCAGAACACGUUUCUGGAAAACAUUAUCCGGCGUUCGAACUCGCAGCCGGAUAGCUCCUUUCUGUUGGCUAACGCUCAAAUAGUUGAUUUCCCCAUCGUGUACUGCAAUGAGGCCUUCUGUAAAAUUAGCGGCUAUAAUCGUGCUGAAGUUAUGCAAAAGUCAUGCAGGUGCGGCUUCAUGUACGGCGAGCUGACGGAGAAGGAGACGGUGGCCCGGGUGGAAUACGCGCUGGAACACCAGCAGCACGACCAGUUCGAGGUGCUACUCUACAAGAAAAACAAAACACCACUAUGGCUCCUGCUCCAGGUUGCUCCCAUUCGCAACGAACGGGAUUUGGUUGUGCUAUUUUUGCUGACGUUUCGGGACAUUACCGCCCUCAAGCAACCGAUCGACAGCGAGGACACGAAAGGUGGACUUUCCAAGUUCGCAAAGUUGGCUCGCUCCGUGACCAGAAGCCGUCAAUUCAGUGCACACUUGCCUACGCUAAAGGAUCCUACUAAGCAAUCAAAUCUAGCUCAUAUGAUGUCAUUAAGUGCCGAUGUUAUGCCACAGUAUCGCCAGGAAGCGCCAAAAACGCCGCCGCAUAUACUACUGCAUUAUUGUGCAUUCAAAGCAAUCUGGGAUUGGGUGAUAUUGUGUUUAACAUUUUAUACUGCAAUUAUGGUACCAUACAACGUAGCCUUCAAGAACAAGACGUCGGAGGAUGUUUCACUGUUGGUAGUUGACUCGAUAGUAGACGUAAUAUUUUUCAUAGACAUCGUGCUUAACUUUCACACGACGUUCGUCGGUCCGGGCGGUGAGGUCGUUAGUGACCCGAAGGUGAUCCGCAUGAACUACCUGAAGUCGUGGUUUAUCAUCGAUCUGCUCAGCUGUCUCCCGUACGACGUGUUCAAUGCGUUCGACCACGAUGAAGAUGGCAUCGGAUCGUUGUUCAGUGCGCUGAAGGUGGUGCGUCUGUUGCGGCUCGGACGAGUCGUGCGGAAGCUUGAUCGAUAUCUGGAGUAUGGUGCGGCCAUGUUGAUACUGUUGCUGUGCUUCUACAUGCUGGUGGCCCACUGGCUGGCCUGCAUCUGGUACUCGAUUGGGCGUAGUGAUGCUGACAAUGGGGUACAGUACAGCUGGCUCUGGAAGCUGGCCAACGUUACCCAGAACCCGUACUCCUACAUCUGGUCGAACGAGUCCAAUGCACCGGAGCUGGUGAAUGGUCCGUCGAGAAAAACGAUGUAUGUUACGGCGUUGUACUUCACCAUGACAUGUAUGACAUCGGUCGGAUUCGGAAACGUUGCUGCCGAGACGGACAACGAGAAGGUAUUCACUAUCUGCAUGAUGAUAAUUGCAGCUCUUCUGUACGCGACCAUUUUCGGUCACGUUACCACCAUCAUCCAGCAAAUGACAUCGGCCACCGCAAAGUACCACGAUAUGCUGAACAACGUGCGGGAGUUCAUGAAGCUGCACGAGGUACCGAAGGCCCUGAGCGAACGCGUUAUGGACUAUGUUGUAUCAACAUGGGCCAUGACCAAAGGGCUGGACACGGACAAGGUUCUAAACUAUUGCCCAAAGGACAUGAAGGCCGAUAUCUGCGUCCAUCUGAACCGGAAGGUAUUUAACGAGCAUCCGGCAUUUCGAUUAGCAUCCGAUGGAUGCCUCCGGGCCCUGGCGAUGCACUUCUGCAUGUCACACUCUGCGCCGGGGGAUCUGCUCUAUCAUACGGGCGAAAGCAUCGACAGUCUGUGCUUUAUCGUGACGGGCAGCCUGGAGGUGAUACAGGACGACGAGGUGGUCGCCAUACUGGGCAAGGGCGACGUGUUCGGCGACUCGUUCUGGAAGGAUUCGGCUGUGGGGCAAAGUGCAGCUAAUGUACGGGCGUUAACUUACUGUGAUUUACAUGCGAUAAAACGAGACAAGCUGCUCGAAGUAUUAGAUUUUUAUCAGGCUUUUGCUAAUAGUUUUGCGAGGAAUCUAGUUUUAACGUACAACCUAAGACAUCGAUUAAUCUUUAGGAAAGUAGCGGACGUUCGGCGUGAGAAAGAGCUAGCGGAGCGACGGAAGAACGAACCACAACUGGGCUCUAGUCAAGAUCACCUGGUAAGAAAAAUAUUUUCAAAAUUUAGACGAGCUCAGCAAAAUGCACAAGGAACCAAGGACCAAACUGGUUCCGUUCAAAGCGACGUUGAGAAGGGCGACACAGAUACAGACAAAGGAAAGUUGCCGGCCAAGCUGACGUUGACGGAGGACACGCGGGCUCUUACAACUGCUGUGCCGUCACCUUCACCAUCACCCUCACCGUCGUCCGGACCACCGUCAGCCAAAGGUCCGCGUGCCAGCAAGUGGGGCCGGCUGUUGGGCAGCUCCAGUGUCGAUUCGGCCAGCGACACCAGCACAAAGGUAGCCGUGUCUAGAAGUUUAAGUGCACGCGAAAGCUUACGUGAAAGUGCACAAGGUAGAGCGAGCUCGAGCUCGAGUAGUAAUGGCGGUCAAGGCAACAAGAUAUUUCCCAAGACGCCAAAACUAUCACCCGGACCGGGAGCAACGCUGGCACGGCAGGAUACGAUUGAUGAGGGUGGUGAAGCGGACCAUACGCCAGCUGCACGACCACCCGAUCGACCCGUGGUGCACAUGGAGCGUGAGGUGAAGGCUCCAUCGCUGGAGCGACAACCGACGGAGCGGGACCGGCUGCUGGAUACGGCCACAACGGAACGCGUCCGGGAACGGGAACGGGAGCGGGAACGGGAACGCGAACGCGAGCGGGAACGGGAACGCGAGCGGGAGCGACAGAUGGAGCGCAAUCUGUCCCUGGAGCGCGAGCGUCAGAUCGAGAUGGCACAGUCCCGAUCGACGACCUCCGACACGUACGAUACAGGGCUACGGGAGCAGCCGUCCACGCUCGCCCAGCGGGAUCUCAUUGCGACGGUCCUGGACAUGAAGGUCGACGUGCGCCUGGAGAUGCAGCGAAUGGCACAGCGGAUGAGUCGCAUCGAGGAGCUGCUGAACGAUCUGCUAAACCGCAUCCAGAUCGACUCGUCCGGCCAAAGCUCACCGGGCGAUAUGCCAUCGGUAGUGGCGGCGCCCGGUCCCAGCACGUCCGGCGCAAUCGUACCGACCGCGGCACCCAACCCGGGUGCCGGCCCGGGCGCACUAGGCCUUAGUCCGGCGACCGCCGCAGCGAUCGGUCCCGGUGGUAACGGGCUUGGGCCGAUCCUGUUACGCAAGCGGCGCUCCAAAAGCCGCAAGGCACCGGCUCCACCUAAACAGAGCCCGGAGCAGACCUGCCUGCUCGACAGUGAGCUCCCGUCUACUUCGGCUACGCGCAAGCGCGAGUUCCUCUAGCCCCGGAUACUGCUGCGCCACCAGGCGGACUAUCUGCCCGAGCAGUAGCACGCUCCAUCCGGCGCUCCUGCACGCCGUGCGCUUCCUCUGCCUUUAGCACCGGCAAUUCUGUCACGCGCGAAACGUUGAUCUGAGUGAUUGAGCGAAAGUGAUCUACGUAGUAGCUACGCAACAAUCAGAGUGGAUCAGUAUUUUCUCCCUUUUCUCCUUCGCAUCCGUAGUUAGUACAUUUACUUUCCCCGCUAGAGCGACACGAGAGCAAUGGAGCUGUAGACGAUGCGUCUUAGUUCACGACAUUGUAAGCGCUAUCAGCACAGACCGCACAGCGACAAUCGAAGUACGAAUCACACAGAUGCCCAUCUCUUCCUCCCUUGACAAAUUUCCACCCCUCACACGUACUCGCCGUAAAGGACCGCUUGCCUUCUUUGCCACAUUUCGUUCGGUAGUUUUCGGUCUCUUCGGUCCUUCGGUAGAAUUGCCAAACGUGUACACAUAUCUAUAUUGUAGGAUUGAGUUGAACGUUGAAAGUGGAUUUGAUGCAACUAGGUUUAUGCUCACGAUCGAUGACGGCGUGCAUAGGUACACGAGUAAUUUCCUUCCUAGAAGUGCAAGCAAGAAAAGUACAGCAAUGGUAGCAGUAGCAAGCAGAAGUAGUGCAAGCUAGUAGAAAGGCGAAGAAAUGAAGGAAUGUGUCUAAGUAGUUGGGUUUUGACAAGAGGGUAGCAAUUGUAGAGUUUGUAGACUGUUGAGUGGAUUACUUAAUUGAAGAGAAGGCGAUGGAGAAGGUAACUACUAUUAUCUAUACACUCGCACCGACUUUUAUCGGCUAGAAUUUUUGAUACACCAUUUCUCUAGUUCCGUUUUCCUUUCGAUGCCUUUCUUUUUUCCUGCCCUUUUUCUAACUAUUUUUCACUUGUAAAAUAAUGCUGGUACGAAUCAGAUCUGCUCUUAAGGCGUGCAGCGUGAAGGAUAGUUUCACUUGCCGCGCGUAUCCACACACGCAGGACAGGAAAUCGCAGAACCACCUGCCUAUCUUUACUUAACAGAAUGGCAAUCAUAGAAUGAAUGGAAGUGAAAAGGUACGAUAAGGUAGCGCAUAUAUAUGCCCAGCGAUGCCAUUAGGUUUAGUGACACGAGUGACUUUUUACGGAACGGGUUAGCCGCAAGUUCUUUGAGCAUCUGUAUCUCAACUCACCUCUGCUGCAGCACGCACGCUGUUUACCUAUGGUUUCCAAAGUCGACGUCCCUUGUCCGACGACCGUUUCGGUAGUAAUUUCUAUUGCCUAUCACUACACUGUCGACUGUAGUAUCGUUUUGCACCAGGACCCAACUAACCUUUGCGGAUAUGUGUCUCUGCGGGCAAAACUGUGGCAUAUUCGACCAGUGUCACACAAAGUCAAAAUGGGCAAAGCUGGAAGACUGUUAAUUUUACAAACGAAAGCACUUACCGUAACUACAACAUGCUUUACCGAUGGAGGCAAAUGCACGCAGAAGCAUCACCUCUGUCUACUUUAUACAACUAACUAGCGAAUGCGUCAUGGCUAAAGUGUCAUCUUUGUCAUUUGUAUCGUAGUAGAUCACCGAAUAUAACGUCAGCGAAAUGGUCACAGAAAAAUCGGGGAAUGGUCACCAAACCGGUGUAGACAUAUGGCUAGCAAGCAAACACGGUACCUUUUUUGGGGGGGAGCGACUUUAUUGCAAUCAUUUUUAUUAGAUGCACACCUUUUCAAUGCAACCAACGAAAAAAAACGUUGUAGGAUGAAACACUCUCGACACAUCGACACAUCGGCCCAUGUGAUCGUAUGUUUGUUACAAGCGUAGUCUAUGUAAUGUGUAAAGAAAGAACAUGGUUUGAACAAUCGUUAGCAAAUGAAAACAUUUAAAAAAAUCACAGACACACUCCCAGACAAACAAAUAUUUACAGUUACGAGAGUGGAAUUGAUAGAGUUAUUUCAGUUACGUAUGGAUGAAAUUACAAAACGUGCGUUAGAACGUCAUUAUCAUGUAGAGCUAUCGAAGAUAUUAGACUGUUUGUGAAGCGAUCGCACGCUGUGCAAAAUAUUUCUUUUAAUUUUAAUUUUAAUUGUUCUGAUGCUUCAAGCUAAAGAUGCUCGAAGGUGUAUAAUUAAUAAUGUAGAGAAUUAAGGAAAAAUUUUACUUUCUUUCACUGUUAUGAUGCCGUAGAAUGAUUCAUAGGAAACAAAUUUUCUUGCAUUUCUCAUCGUGGAAUGAUUCAUUUUUCAUCCACCUUGAAGAAACGAUAGUCAAACGCUAUAUUUAAUCCUCUCUAGGCCCGUACUACUAGUAGCGACUGCAAAACGAUUGGCUCGUGAAUGAUUGUGAUGAAAAUCUAUUAUUUCGGAACCGUUAGAUAACUGCUCGUUUAUUUCACUUAAUCCUAAGAAGCUUUCGUCUUGUUAUCGAUAGUAUAAGCAUUAUGCAAAAGAAUUGUUUAUGUAAAAACUAACGAUGUCAAACAACGCACGACAUGAGGAAGGUUUUGUCGUGCAGAUUGCAUACCGACAGGUGAAUUCGAUAUCAGCACUUCUUUAAGGUUUUUUUUUUGCCAUAAGAUAAAAUUGUUCUUUUUGUGAGUGCUUUUUUCGAUUGUUUCAUUUUCGAAUAUGUGGCCGAAUUGUGGCAGCUUUAUUGUGAUUUCAAAUCGAGCAGCUCCCAAAAACUUUACAAACCAUUUCGUAAUUCCAUUUGCCUAUUGACAGGCGUUUUUUUGCAGUGUAGUUUUUUUUUGCGAUUUUCGCCUUGUGUCCAUGGGCCCUUAAAGCGCAAGUCAAUGCAUUGCGUAUAUCAUACUGCUUGCUAGCAUAAUCCAUUACCUUUCGUUACUGCAGUAACAGUGUAGACACACCGUAUUGAUUGGUGCAUUAAGACAAGGUGCAUACCCGGUUGCAUACAGCGUGUGGGCCGAGUACCAGUUAGUUUAAAUAUUGUACUAAAAUACAACCAGCAACAUUAGCAUCAUAAGAGGAAACACACUCCCUGUAUAAAUAGCAAAAAAUUAUAGAAUCAAGAAAUGCGAAAGAACAACAUAACAAUAAGCAACGCUAAGGCGGCAAAUGUACUAUAAAGGAGCGCGAUUCCACUCAACUGGACGAAUUUUAUUAUUCUCAUUCACAAACACACACACACAGUAAUCGCCUUAUAUAGCAAACGGAAGAGCAAAUCCAUACCAACAAUUCGCAUCGCAUUGUAAAAAAAGGAACUCAUUUAGUUAUCGCACAGCAAAGGAUGCUCUUUGCUUAUGUUCUUACAUUAACACACAAUCACACACACACAUAUACAUAUAUACCCAUACAGACUCAACCUGCAGACCAACUUUUAUAAAGCGAUGUUGGGAGUAAGCUUAGGAAACAAAAUGGGGCAAAACAACCAUGCUUGGUAAGCGUAUAAUAAAUCAAAACGAUAAUACUGUAGAACUGUAGCAAUUUCAAUACACGCCUUCUAAAACAUGCAUUAAACACAGACACGAACGUGCGCGCACGGUCGUGGCAUUCUAUUACAAUAAUGGCGCGAAUGUAAACACGGGAGAUAAAAAAAAACUAUUCUUGUUGACGGGUAACUAUACUUGAACGAUGUUGAUUGGGAAAGAAGCUAUAAAAUAUCCUCUCUGUCCACUAGACCCCUGUUGUACACAUACAUACAAACGUUCCCAACUGGACGUCCUUUUUCCAACCAUUUUCCACAUGGAGUAGAAAGCAGCUGCUUGUGCUUGAUGAUAUAUACAUAUAUACACUCAUAUUUAUAUACAUACACGGUCACAAAACACAUACAAAAAGGUAAUGAAACUCUUAUUAAAAAAAAAAAAACAAACAAACAAACAGAAGAUAUAUCGCAAUUAUGCAACAUACAAGACAAAACGAACAAAUGAACAAUGUUAUGACGUAAAUCGUACGCUCAAUGCUCAUAACCAUAAUCCGUCAAACAAACAAACAAAAAAAAAAAAGGAAAA